AAACGCGAAGAUAAAUAGUACACUUCCUUUUCUUCUAUUUAGUUUUUAUGUUGUGAUACUUAGUGUUGGGUGAACGAGAUGUGGCUGAAUUUAUUUUUAUUGGUUUUACUGCUAGUGUUAUUUUGUGUGAGAGAUGUAAAGAAACCAGCGUUUUUCCCGCCAGGUCCCACAUGGUUCCCGCUGGUGGGUAGUGGCUAUUACGUGUACAAAUUGGUUAAAUCUUUCAGCUUCUACCAUCUACUGUGGGCUGAGCUUGUGCGCCGAUUUGGACCCGUGGUUGGUUUGAAGCUUGGCCGUGAUCGAGUUGUUAUCGUUUCGGGCAUUGAUGCGGUACGAGAAUUUUACUCCAAAGAGGAACUUAACGGCCGCCCAGACGGGUUUUUCUUUCGGGUGCGAUCGUUCAAUAAACGACUCGGUGUAGUGUUCACCGAUGGAGAAGAUUGGGACGUUCAGAGACGAUUUACCAUCAAAACAUUGAAAACACUGGGAAUGGGUAAAACCGGUAUGACGUUCAACGUGGAGAAAGAAGCAGAGGAGUUAGUUCAUCAUCUUCGGAAACUGUCCAGGACACAGCAUAAAAUAGCUAUGCACAAUGCGUUCGACAUCUCAGUGUUGAAUGUUAUUUGGACGCUUAUCGCUGGUAAAAGAUUUCAUCUUGGCGACAAACGACUGGAGUGGAUUACGAGUACAAUACAUAAAAGUUUCCGAGUGAUUGAUAUGUCCGGAGGCGUGUUGAAUCAGUUCCCCUGUGUUAGGCAUAUUUUUCCUAUUGGUUCUGGGUUCGCUCCAUUGGUUAACCUGUUGAGCCCUCUAUGGGAAUUUUUAGACGAUACAAUUCAGCUUAUAAGUCGAACAUCAAAAACAUCCGACGACUCAGAUAGUCUAAUAACAUCAUACCUCCGCGAGCUUCAAAAAGACGGCUUACAUUCCUCGUUCAGUAACGAGCAGCUGCUCUGUCUCUGCCUGGAUCUUUUCCAAGCCGGGUCAGAAACUACUAGUAACACUUUGGGAUUUGGAAUCGCCUACAUGCUGCAUCAUCCAAGCGUAGUCGAGAAAAUCCACCAGGAGCUGGACAGCGUAGUCGGACGCUAUCGUCUUCCACUGUUGGACGAUCGGCGUCAUUUGCCGUUCACGGAAGCAGUCAUUUGUGAAAUUCAAAGGAUAAGCAAUGUAGCGCCUUUGGCCAUCGCCCAUCGAACGCUGCAACCCGUCCAGUUAGGGACCUACGUGAUACCGAAAAAUGCAAUCACAAUGGUUUCGCUCCAUUCGCUUCAUAUGGAUCGAGCCUACUGGGGGGAUCCGGAGGUUUUCCGUCCGGAACGUUUCCUAAAUGAAACUGGGGAUAAAUUGAUCCAACAUGAAUACUUUUUACCCUUUGGUGCCGGGAAACGACGCUGUCUGGGUGAGUCUUUAGCGAAGUCAAGUUUGUUUUUGUUUUUUGCUGCAUUCAUGCAUGCAUUUAUUGUGGAAUCUGCUACCGAAGGACAACUACCUGAGCUAAAUGGAAUUGAUGGAAUUACGCUGUCUCCGAAACCGUAUUACGUUAAAUUAAGAGAAAGAUUGAUUUGAAAUAC